GUCACAGGCUGUUGUCACAGGCCGUUGAGAAGGAGCUUGACGACGACAACAACACGCUUCUGAAAAUCGCGCCAAUUUUGACAAAAGAAAAACGCAAUCGUCUUCGUUGCACAAGCUCGACGCUGUGUUUAGAUAGCCUUCGAGUUGAAAAAUGGAAGACCUUCUACAACAGAAUGGGAACACACGGCUCAAAUUAAAGAUAAAAAAGCGAAGCAGUUUUUCUAGUCACAUUUUGAAAGCGCGAGUGAAUAGAAACCCACUUUGUCCUCUAUCCAACAUUUCAAAUGGCAAGAGCCGGCCUAAAGGCUCUGGGCUGUCUAAGAGGAAGAAUCCGUUCCACUGCGAAAAGCCAGGUUCAAAGCGAAUAAAACACAGCAACGAUGAUUCUGAUGAUAAGGAAAACGAUUUUUCACAUUUCAAGGUCACUAAAAAUACAAAGAAUUCAACAAUCUGCACUUCAAAUUAUGACGAUAUAUUUCAACAUUCCGAUGCUGAAGAGGAGCAAUUUGAAAGCAAUAAUGGCGAAUCAAACAUCGCAAACAAAGAGAAGAAACCAGACCUGGAAAACAAAGGUUCCUGCUUCCCGACAGAUUGGAGUUUAAAAGCUAAGGUCAAAUUCACCUCAGAAAAGCAAUUUAAUUGGUGUGCAAACUUCAAAAGCUCUCAAGUCUCCCAAGCAGUGGGAAAUUUUGUACGUUGUGAGAAUAGGGGUAAUAUGGCUGAUUGUUGUGACGAUCUUGGAGUGGAGUUUAGAAGAAAUCUAUUAUAUUGGAAGCAUCCUUGUUUACCAAGCAUCCCAAGUUUUCCGAUAUCUGAAAAGAAUUUGGCAGAGGCUGAGCAUUCUCCCAAAUUUGUGAAUAUCUGUAAAGACAGUGUCCUACAAACUGAAAUAAUGAAAGAAUGGGCUCACAGUUUCCAAUCAUUAUUCACUCUAACUAAAUGCGGAUUUUGUCCAUAUUUUUAUAUGUGCUGUCAGAAAUUUGUUUCCCUCUUUAUUGGGCAUGGGAUACUGCCAGAUGGAAUGGUUGCUGUGGUUACUCCAACAACUAAAGGAUUGAGAGACCUGCUCACAAAAGAAGGGAUAGAAUUCACAAUGCCUCAUAUCAACAAAGAUUCGAGCACUGAAGAGGAAAAAGUGGCUACCCAGGAUGAUUUUGAGGAAGAUUAUGAACAUGAUGAUCAUGAUGAUGACUUUCUUUCCAGCUUAGGAUUGAAUAAAAAGAAUUUUUCUUCAAUUGAGCAACAAAGUAUUGUUGAAGAAUUGUCAAAACUUAGUUCGAUAGACAACAGGCCACAAUCAGCAGUGGUAGUUAAAAAUUGCCACCUCAAUGCUUUGUUUAACUUUUUUGUGAAUUCGGAUAUCAUUGUGGCACAGUCUGGUAAUUGGCAAGGUGUUCCACCAACUCUUCUUUCACCUGUUGCCUUUGAAGGUGCAACGCUCAAAAGUCUCAAAUGUAUCCAAGGGCCAAUGAAAAUCAACGGGAAGGAUGGUAUGAAGCAGGUUUAUGGACUGGAAAUAUCUGGGGCACUUCUCCCAUCUCAACUUUAUAACAUAUUGCAGUUGGCAAAAGAUUCAAACACUUCUUAUGAAGCUUCAGUGUCUACUCAUACCCAUACUGGUGCAUUUAACAUAAAGCAGGAAAGUGAGCAGGAAAUCACAGAAGAUGACAGUACUCCAAAGAUUGGAAUAAGUGAACAGUGCUUGAAGUACCUUAGAAGAUCAUCUACAUUGAGUAAUGAUGGUCUUGCUUCAUUAAGAUUUUCUAGUAACGAGUUUGAAUGGAAGACUAUUAAUAUGUUUUAGAUAAUAUUUUGAGAUAUUAUCAUGCUUUUAAGAUAGACCAGUUUAUUCUUUAUUAGCUAAGAAGUUAUAGAAGUCAGUAACAGCUGAUUUAGAAAUCAGAAUUCAUGGAACAUUCAGUUUUGUAUAUUCUGUAGAACUGGAAGAAAAAAUGAUAGGAAAUUGGCAAUUACAUUAUAACCUAAAAACAAUAUUUCAAAUCUAUGAAAAGGACUUUGGCUUUUAGUGCUAUCUUCCUGAAGAUUGCUUUGAAGUUUUCAAAAAAUUAAGACAACUUUCUUGUCCUUUUUGGAAUAGCAAAAAUUAUAAGACCAGGGUCUUUUGCACAAACAGAACUACUAAUAACAUUUUGAAAGCAUAGUUCAAGCCUCCCUUUGUAAUCAAUAAGUUGUUUUCACUCAUAAUGAAAAUGUAUUUUGUUGGAGUAUGGGCUGUGUUCUGACUGCCUUUAUGAUGCAUUUUGUGAUGCACUUUUGCAGACAUCUUUAGAUUAUUCUAUUCUACCUUUUAUCCCUAUUCCUUUCUGAUUUGUAAAGGGAUUUCACCUCUUGGUUAUCUUUAACUCAUACUUAUGUAAAGAAUGUGAUUCUGCUUUCAAAAAAUUGUGAUUAUAUUGUUUUUA